CGCAUCAAGGCGAUCGAAGGUGGAGAGAGAGCCUGCGGCGUGCACGAGCUCGUCUGCAUCCGAAAAGUGUCACCGGAGGCGGUGGCGGUGCUGUCAGCUGUGGGCGCCUUUAUUGUCUUCAUGCUGCUGCUCUUCGUCUACAUCAAUAGGAAAUUCUGCACGGACAACGUGGGCGGCUUCCCAGAGGCGGGCUCGGGCUGUGUCACCCGGCGCGGCUCCCAGGACACACAGUACAACUCGUACCUCGACAAAGACGAGCAUGGCUGGUCCUCGGAGAGUGAGGAUGAGGCACUGGGCCGGUACCACGAGGCCGUAUGCAGGACCCAGAGUUUCCAGCUCCCGGCAUGCGAGGCACGGCUGCAGAGCUCAGCAUGGGAAACACGGCAGAAAUACAGUCCGCUGUUGGCUGAAUAUGACGGCUAUUGCAGCGAGGCGUCCAUGGAUGGAGGACACCAGAUCCAGAGGAUGAGGGGCAGCCCCCCACUGGAUGAACUGCAGCCACCGCCCUACCAGGAUGACAGCGGCUCCCCCCACCUGUCCUGCACCCCCUCGGAGCUGGGUGAUGGCAAAUGUGAGCUGCCUCGCUGCUGCGGCAGCCCCCGGAGUCCCAGCGAGGGCAGCCCAGGCCCUGAGGCCAGUGGCUUCCACAGCAAAGGCUACGCCGAGGACGUGCCGAGUGACAGCACCGCGGUGCUCAACCCUGAGGACAUGUCGGCCCCAGGGUCGCCUUCUCAACUCCCCAAACCCUAUGACCCUGAGCCUGAGGCCAAGUAUGGAACCCUAGAUGUGACUUUCGACUAUGAUUCCCAGGAGCAGAAGCUCCUAGUGACAGUAACAGCCGUGACUGACAUCCCGUCCCACAGCCGCACAGGCGGCAACUCGUGGCAGGUGCACCUGGUGCUUCUGCCCAUCAAGAAGCAGCGGGCCAAGACCAGCGUUCAGCGUGGACCAUGCCCGGUAUUCACAGAGACCUUCCGCUUCAACCAUGUGCAGUCAGAGCUCAUUGGCAACUACGCAGUGCGCUUCCGGCUCUACGGUGUCCACCGCAUGAAGAAGGAGAAGAUGGUGGGCGAGAAAAUUUUCUACCUGACCAAGCUGAACCUCCAGGGCAAGGUGUCACUGCCUGUGACCCUGGAACCAUCCUGUGACCACUCCGGCUGUGCAUCGCAGGUGAGUGUCUCAGAGCGAUCCUGCAGCCGGAGCGUCUCCUCCUGCCAGUCUCUGGAGCGCGGCUCUGUCCCCGAGGUCCUCCUGGGCCUGCUGUACAAUGCCACGACAGGGCGGCUGUCCGCAGAGGUCAUCAAGGGCAGCCAUUUCAAGAACCUGGCAGCCAACAGGCCACCCAAUACCUAUGUGAAACUGACUCUGCUGAACUCCAUGGGCCAAGAGAUGUCCAAGUGCAAGACGUCGGUGCGCCGCGGACAGCCAGACCCGGUAUUUAAGGAGACAUUCGUCUUCCAGGUGGCCCUGUUCCAGCUCUCAGACGUGACACUUAUUCUGUCUGUGUACAACAAGCGCAGCCUAAAGCGGAAGGAGAUGAUUGGCUGGAUCUCACUGGGCCUGAACAGCUCGGGGGAGCAGGAACUGGCUCACUGGACGGACAUGAAGGAGUCCAAAUGCCAGCAGGUGCGGCGCUGGCACGCCCUGCUUGAGUCGUGACUAGGACGCCCACAGUGUCUAUGCUAUUAGAGUGUGCUGGUACCCAAGAGGGGGCUGGCCUGGGGGAAGCCCUUCUUCAUCUGAUCAGCUGGAGUGGCUGCAGAGAGGCUUAGGGGUGUGGUAGUGAGCUCAACCACCAUGUAGCAGAGGGGCUGGUACUGUCCCAAGCCUGGGAAUGAGCUAAGAUCUGAGUCAUCAUGUGCUACCCCCAGAGAUGGGCCUCAGACCCCGCUGCAUCCACCCCAAGCAAGACAGAGCUCCAGGUCAGCAUCAGUAUGUCCUGGGAUGUGGCCCUUGGUGUUGCUUCCUCCAGGUUGGUGCCCGCCACGUGCAGCAGGGGCCUCCCCUUAAGUGCUCUGGGAGCUGCCCUCUUCUCCCCUAGCUCGCUUCUGCCCAACCCAAAGAGGCCCUGUGGCUGCUGUGAGAUUUUAUGCAGGUCCUGUGUGUGGCCCAAGGCUGUCCUGUCCUCUCAGGGGCACCCAGACCCCACGUGGGCAGCUGGGAGGGCAGGACUAGACUUGACAUUGUUUUUGUUUUCUGGCGACUAAGGAAAGUCAUUGUGGGAAAAAUUUUUUCCUGCAAACUAAAAAAUAAUUCUGCUGCAGAUGAGCUAUUGGGACACUGAAGCGAUUUGCGCAAUGGGCACUUUUGCCUCGUGGCCUGCAUCCACAUCCAGUGUCUGUCCAGCGGGUGGUCUCUGGCUCCACCCCGCCACAGCUCCCCUGGACUCCGCCCCCCUGGCUCUGUCCCUAUGGCCCCGGGGCUGAGCUGCCGCCGGCUGCAGCCUCCUCCACGUGCCUUCAAAGCGCCCGGCGGCCGCACCAGGGCCUUCAUUUUUACCAACAUGAAGAUUCCUCAGGACGGGGCACCAGACCCUGCUCCCUCCGAUGUCCAUCGAAGUUCUCGAAUGUGCUAAUUUCUAAAGGACCAGGCCUUUUCGUUCUCUGUUUUUCUAUCUAGGAACUUGGGCCAAUCAGGAUGCUGUUUCCUUUUUUUGGUUUUGCUUCUGACCUAAUAUAUCAUUUUAUGCAUCUACUUUAUUAAAUAGAGUAUGUUUUGUAUA